AUGGACGCUCUAGAAUUACAAGCCGCCCUGGUGAAGCUCGAUCCGGCGACUACGGUGACGCCGAUCGGUACCACUGUCAAGCUGGUGCCUCAUCAUCGCGUCGCGUUCACCGUAAAUAUUGACGACGAGGGUGAUAUGACUUUGGAAGAUCCAACGCGGAACGACAACGAAAAGUCGCCUGCCGAGACGGCGACGUCGGUGUCGAGAAAGACGCCGGGGAAUUGCGCGGCCGGCCUGACGACUGGUCAUCAUCAGGGCGGCGGCCAGCAGAUGAGUGUCUCCAAGUGCGGCAUUGUCGAGGUCAGGUGACGCCAGCCACCUUGCUACGGCGUCAACAUGAUUUACCACACUUAUCCUCCGCACCGAGGCAGCAAGCACCAUGCCAAG